UAAUUAUCCUAUUUUACGUUGUGCAUGUAUGUAAUUGCUGCGUUGCGUCUCUUUUUUAUUCCACCCCCCGUUAAUACGCACGCCUCGAUUUCGACGCAUGUGGCAUGAAAACAGUGAAUGAGGCGCUUCAACUUGAUAGCCUGUUUUAGGGUUAACCAGCCAGCUAGCCACGCAAGCUAUCGCUUCUUCUGCGAGCCAACGUUUGGACUCGUCGGAAGGGCGUGCGAGUUUGACGUGUUCUUCUCAGUCCCGAGUUUUAUACAACGCGGUCUCAACACUUACCUGAUCUCGCUAUAACGAAGCAACACAACAUGGAGGCGGAGGGGGAUUACUUUGCCCGAGAUUGACGGCGACGAGCGAGGGGGAGAGAAUAAGAGCGAGUCAGUGUGGAUGGGAAAAGUUGAGCUGAGGAUUAACAACUCGGAAUAAACUGUAGAAGAAAGGUUUCAAGUCUUACUUUGGAUAAAAGGGCAUGCAACAACAUCAGUGAUGGAAUCCACGGCUGUGAGCACCUCCACUCUGGCCCCUGAUGAGUUUGACAGGAAUGUGCCGCGCAUCUGCGGUGUGUGUGGAGACAAGGCCACAGGCUUCCACUUCAACGCCAUGACCUGUGAGGGCUGCAAGGGCUUCUUCAGGCGCAGCAUGAAGCGCAAGGCCUCCUUCACCUGUCCCUUCAGCGGGAGUUGCACCAUCACCAAGGACAACCGGCGCCACUGCCAGGCCUGCCGACUGAAGCGCUGCGUGGACAUCGGCAUGAUGAAGGAGUUUAUCCUGACGGACGAGGAGGUGCAGAGGAAGAAGGACCUGAUCCAGCGCCGCAAGGACGAAGAGGCGCAGCGCGAGGCCCAGAGGGAGGCGCGCAAGCCCCGCCUGACGGACGGCCAGACCCUGGUCAUCUCCACGCUGGUGGAGGCGCACCACAAGACCUUCGACGACUCCUACUCAGACUUCUCCCGCUUCAGGCCUCCAGUGCGCGAGGGCCCGGUGACUCGUAGCGCCAGCAGGGCUGCUUCCCUCCACUCUCUGUCUGAUGCCUCCUCUGACUCCUUCAGCCACUCUCCAGAAUCAGUGGACGCCAAGCCGGUGAACUUCAACAACCUGAUGAUGAUGUACCAGGAGCAGGGAGGCAGCCCAGACUCCAGCGAGGACGGCUCCCGCCUCUCCAUGCUGCCCCACCUGGCCGACCUCGUCUCCUACAGCAUCCAGAAGGUCAUUGGCUUUGCCAAGAUGAUUCCUGGCUUCAGGGAGCUGACCGCCGACGAUCAGAUCGCCCUGCUCAAGUCCAGCGCCAUCGAGGUGAUCAUGCUGCGCUCCAACCAGAGCUUCAGCCUGGAGGACAUGUCCUGGAGCUGCGGAGCGCCUGACUUUAAAUACCAGAUCAGCGAUGUUACCAAAGCCGGUCACACUCUUGAGCUGCUGGAGCCUCUGGUGAAGUUCCAGGUGGGCCUGAAGAAGCUGAACCUCCACGAGGAGGAACACGUGCUGCUCAUGGCCAUCUGCCUGCUCUCUCCAGACCGCCCCGGGGUCCAGGACCACGCCCGCAUCGAGGCCCUGCAGGACAACAUCUCGGAGACCCUGCAGGCCUACAUCCGCCUGAGCCACCCGGGCGGCCGGCUGCUGUACGCCAAGAUGAUCCAGAAGCUGGCCGACCUGCGCAGCCUGAACGAGGAGCACUCCAAGCAGUACCGCUCCCUGUCCUUCCAGCCCGAGCACAGCAUGCAGCUCACCCCCCUGGUGCUGGAGGUGUUCGGCAGCGAGGUCUCCUAGAGCCGUCCUCCUAGGAGCCCCCCCCGCCCCCCACCGUCCCACUCCGUGAGGUCAGGGGGAGGGGGGUAGAGAGAGGGGGUAGGAGGGAGGGCGAGGCAGGAGGGGUACAACGUGGGAGGGAGGAGGCAGAGAAGGCGCUGGAUGAAGUUGUGGUUUUUAAGGAGAAGUGUGUGUUUUGUGUCUAUCAGUAGGUCUGUAAGAAAGUCUGUGCGUGCGCUCGUGUAUUUAGUGGGAGUCGGUUGUGUGGUAUAACAGAAGUUUGUCCGAGUGGGACCUUGAUAUGGCCGAAGUGGUCCAGUGGGGAGUAGGCAAAGAUGAGGAGAGAGAGAGCUACAAGGGAACUCCACGUCUCUCUCACACACACACACACACACACACACACACACACACACACACACACACACACACACACACACACACACACACACACACACACACACACACACACACACACACACACACACACACACACACACUAUACCUAGACAUCAAACUUCUGCCUAAAACAUAUUUGACGUAGUGUUUUUUGUCUGUAUUUAAAUGAAACUGCUGCUUACCACACCUGGACAGUAUAUGUACACACAUCCACACAACAAGCAUACUCAAUUUUUUAAUUUAGCCAUUCAGUUUUAACUACCUCUUGGUUUUGCUUAGGGUUGUCUACAUGCACAUCGCCUAUGUAAAACAGUACAUUUCUUCCACACAAACAGUGACACACAUAAGGAAAUGCAGUCGAAUCUGUGUUGAAUGCCUGUACAUUAGUCUUGUCGACGACGCGGUGUACAUAUGACUCUGUAUGUGCUCGAAACAUGCGCCUCCCGUCGCCUCUCACCUUUCACCAGAGGUGCAGCCUGCUACAUUCUCAAAAAGCUUCCACAAUCUACAGAAACGACAACAUAAGGAACUGCACCAAGGCCUUCUCUCGCAUGCAGUCACACACUACAUGCUUUUUUUUAUUGAGCUGUUUCGACUUGCCUCAAAGGACUUAUGAAGGAAAGGAUGGGUGCACACCUGGGGGUUUUAACGACAGAGAGCAAAAUCGAGCCUUCUAAUUUAGCGGGGUUGUGCCGUGGUUUUUAUUUGGGAUGGGUGGUUUUGAGGUGAGAAUUAGCCACUAAAUGUGUUUUACACUGCUAACUGUCAAUCAAACCAGGCCUGCAUUCUGGCCGGUUUCUCGUCUCUUUUUUCAAAUCAAGAGUUUGCUGUAAAUAGUUAAAUUGCCUCACAUUGUAUUGUAUCCGUAAGCACUGUUAUUCAACCUUUUUUCUUUUGUAUUUGUAUAUGUUCUGUAAUAGAUUUUAAAGGGCUACAAUGCCAAAUCUAACUGGAACAGUAAAACAAGGCCAAAGCAAGCUAGCAACUGGCCUAACUUGUAUUAUAGAAGCAAACAUACCAUACCAGGAAUUGGCAUCGAUGCAGAUGUUUUAUUGCGAUGGAUGCUUUUUAUUAUCGACAAAAACUUCAAACCUUAAAACGAUUCCAUGAAUUGUUUCUCCUCUGUGUACAGUGAGCUGGGUGGCAGGAGAGCUCAAUAAGCUGCUUCAAACCUCCUCAGAUAUCACCCCUUUCGUUUCUGACUGGGAAGUGGAAUUUGUAGAAUGUCCGAGGGUCUGGCCUUCAGAGCGCGCCUCUGACGCCCAGGUCCUCCCGUUCGAUUAAGUAUGCUGCGCGGCCCCCUAGUGGCCGCACCCUGUAAAUACCAGGUGUAUAUUGUUUUUUUGUUUCUUUCUUGCGCAGCUGUACAUAGGGCUACGUAGAUAUUACUAGAAGAGUAAAAAUGCAUUCUAUAUAUGCACAUAUGAUAUUGUUGCUUUUCUUUUUUUGAUGACUGGUUUCUUCCUUCAAACACUUUGGUCUUUUGGACUUUGUAUUUGUUUUUUUGGAGUGAAUAAGCAAGGGGACAGAUUAUAAUCGUAAAGGACGUGUUUGUUUUUUUGACACAGUGGUUCAGGGGAGGUGGGGGGAGGGAGGACUGGUUUGGUUCUGUUCCAAGUUACACUUUUUAAGAUAAAUAGGAAGAAAAGAGUGCGCUGUGAAGGAUUACCAUGCAGUGCUGCUCACUAAUGUAAGCCAUAUAGAUCACCAAGCUAGUUAUACAACUCUUUAUAGUAGACGUAGAAUGAGGGAGAUUCCGAGCCUUGGAUAUGCUGUUAAUAUAACCUUGUAUACUUAUACCUUGCAUAUCCCUGGCUUCUCAUGAUUCUCUUUAAGCCCCGCUUGUAUAACCUAUACCGUACCCUGUAACCUGCUAUACAAAUCCUCUUCCUCUUCAUCCUCAGGUGGCAUAGGUGAUUUUUUUACAAGUCCCAAUUGUGACUAACAACAUUUGAGGCCAGUAAUGCUUGAUUGGCUGCGGUUUGGGAUAUUAAGUAGUGGGAGAGUUGUUGAAGUGAUAUUUGUUUCCAUUUGUCUUGCCACCACUUUGUGAGACAAUGACCUCGAGGGAGCGAGGCAGAGAGAGAGACAUCGGGCUGACCACAAGCUUGAGAGGGGGCCAUUGACCCUUUGUCCUAAGGGACUUGGCGGUAGCUUCACGGCAGAGAUGUGUGAUAAUGAUAGUGGUGAUAAUAAACAGAGGAGGUGUUCUUGUAGACGGAGCGAAGGGGUCUUAACGCGCCCCUCCAUAGGUACAUGCAACCUCGAGGGUGCUUAGGAACGCUGUUGAAACGUUGACAGUGGCUGAGGAGUUUCCUGCGUAUGACCGAUGAUUUAUGUCCACAGAUGGUGUGUCCAAAGGCCCCUUCCCCCCACCCCCCCAAAAAUAUCAUGGUAUGGGUCUAAAUCUGGCGUCUCACUGGAAUCUGUUGAUUUAGUGGAUUGUACAUUCUCAGCACCCCUGUGCAUGAGCUGGGUGUUGUGGUGUCGGGCCCCCUGGACACGCCCCUGCCCCCUGACCAGGUUUUGAUCCUGGCUAGGACUGGAGGUCAUCAAGUGAAGUGUUGUAAUUGUUGGUUAUUUUUAUUUUUCCUUGUUAUAAGAUCUAGUAGUUUUCAGCUGCUCCUAUUUUAACCGACCUUAAGGCGAGCUCUACUCGCUUUGUUUUGUUUCAAUUUCUUCUUAUUUGCAGUUUUUCCGCAACUGUUGAUAGAAAGGUUGGGACAAUGUUUGUGUAUGUUUGUCUUGCUGCCAAUGAAACAACCAAAGCACCAGGGCUCACAUGUAAUUUAGGUCUGAGAGAACGGCAGAUAACAGCAGGCACACUCAAAAAUCUGUCCAACUGUGUCUUAAAACACGAGACAUAUACGUUCUACAAAUAUAGCUUGACGGUCAACAUCAUCAGAAGGAUGGACUCCGCUCACCAAAGCAACUCUGUUUAUUGUUAUCUUUCAUUAUUUCACAGCAACUUAUCUGCUGACGAUUCUUGUACGCAGGAGAAAACAAACCGUCACGAGACGUCCGUCAGGGUGUCUGCAUUAUGAAAGGAAACAAACAAACGUGUAGAAUCAGGCCAGCCUUGUCCUCUCAGUCACCUCCAUGAUGGCUCCUAUCCUAACAGAUGACCAUAACACAGCUAGCUAGACGCUCGGUUGGAACCGCACCUCACGCAGCAAAGGAAGGCCCAGUAUGGCGCCGCAAGCUCCCAUCCAGUAAAAUAAGUGGAUUAACAUGAAUCCCUGGGCCCAUUUGUUCAUUAGUCAUCUGAUCGGAUUACGGCCGAUCGGAUUGGAUCAAAUCUUGAAAUGGGUAGUUCAAAAUAAAAAAAUGGAUUCUGAAAUCGGAUUAGAUCUCGUUGGUUUGAUCCCAAAAAUCAGGAUUAGCCUGAUCCCAGUGGAAUGGUGGAUUCAAGGAGGCUUUCAGGAACAAAAUAUAAUACAAUUUAAAAAAAAUGAUAUAAUAUAAAAUUUGUAUAUUGUGGUGUAUAUAUACAUUUAUUUAAUAUUUGAUUAAUGAAAUAGUAGACCCCAGGCUACCUAUUAAGCCUUUCUAUACAUUAAAGAAAACAAAAUAAAUCACGCCAAUUGAAGUUAACAUCAAAGAAAAGUCAUUUGUUAUCACUUAUCAUUAAUUAUAUGAGACGAAUCAGACAAAAGUAGUUUUAUUCUACCUGUUGUUCUUUACAUAGGCAGAAGUACUACAUGGUGAUAAAUAGGCUAGUCCAAUUUAGAGCACUUGUAAUCCGGAUUUGGUAAUCCUGAAAGUUUGCAUCUGGAUCAAGGUGAUCCAAUGCAAUGUGGCUUUGUAAAACUGGCACAAAAGUAAAAUGGAUUACCUGAUCCUGGAGGGCAAAAAAAUGGGAUUUCCAAAUCUGGAUCAUUCUGAUCCAGAUUAUAUAUUGAACAACUGGGCCCUGGUGUUGAUCCAGUGCCCCUAUUGGGAAUUGUAAUGGAUGAAGAUGAGGAUACUGCGAUACUUUAUAUACACAAGUACCACUUGUACAGGAUGUCGGGGUUGGGCGAUAGGUUGAGACCCUCUGGGUUAUUGAAUAUGACUUUUCAAGUACUCUUCUCUUCUCAAGUCACAAUGCUAAUGCUUUGCGACGAUUAUUACCUCUAUGGAUAUGGCUGCGUUUUCCUUCUUUUCUCUUUCUCCGAUCUAGAUACAGUGUUGGUAGGAGUAGUAGACAGGAACGUGGAUCGUUUGGUUAUCCAGCAAGUGCCACAGGAGGGGCGUCCCUCUGCACACACACAGGGUAACAGAGGGGAUUCACUUUGGGUACACACGGGAACCAAGCUGGGGGUCGAAUCAAGGGGUGGUGAUGCAGAACCGCUUUUAUUUUGAAGUUGUUUGAACAAUUUGAACAAAUUGUUGAAAUUAGGGAGAGUGUUUAGGCAGCCAACCGAUAUUAUUCCCAGAGAUUCUUAAAUUCUAUCUUCGGAAAAACAACAACAACCACAGCUUGUUCAUGCAUGUGAGGAUAUAGUCGAACGGGAAUUAGACGCAUCUCCAAGUUAUUAUAAAAAAUUCUCCACUAAGCUGCUUCGAAACCAUCAAAUCUAACUUUACUAUUUUUCUUAUAAUACUGGAACAUUGAAAGUCUCAUGGUAAUGGGAAUCUUUUAGAAUGGUUUUUACGUAGGUUCGUAAGAUACCUGCCAUGUUAGAAAUAAUAUUCAUGACAACAAUACCUGCAAUAUGAAAGUUAAUGGUACACUAUCACCAGCAAGCUUUACAGUUUAUCAUGUUUUAUGUUUUUUUUGUAUCAUGGAUGUACAAAAAACUAUUACCAUUACAAAACCGGUCAAGAGAGCAUUUAUUCUUGAAUAAUUAGCAGAGAACAGUUGGCCAUCUCCCACCUAAUGGCUCAAGAGUAAUUUUUCCAAAAUGGGACAGGGAUUGUAAUGAGAUCAAUUCAAUGUAGUUCUUAAAAAGGAGCGCCACGACUCGGCGCACACCAUAAUCUACCUAAAAAAAAAACUACCUCUUUUAGCUACAGAUAUUUGCUUUAGCAUUAAGCAGUUGCCUCUGUUUUUACUUUUGUAAUAUUUGUAUUCUUGUUGGUAUUUAUUGCUGUCUAAUUAAUCAUCUUUAAUGAUUACCUCAGAGAUAUCUCAUGCAGAUUGGGAGUGUCUAGCUAAUGAAGUCAUUCGGUUUUUGUUUUUAUUUUGUACAAUAUGUGUUUUUGUUCUCCUUUUUCUCCGACUAAGCAUUACCUUUUCUAUUUCAUUUCUCUUUGUCAUUUGAAUACUUUUUUUUUUACGCACAAAAACACCAGGACUUGUUUUCAUACAGUGCCUGCAGUCUGACCAAUGGGACAAAGGCUGGCUCACGUGAGACUACAUUUCCUCCAAAAGUAACAUUCUUCCUCGCAUGGCCCUCGCUUUCUGGCAGUUCCCGCCAAGAGUAGGUUGUUUUCAGCGUUGUAGUCAAGUGUUCCUUCUCGCCGCAGCGCGGGCAUCUAUUUUGUCCGCAACGCUUACGUUAGGGAAUGGUUUGGAGUGAAUGCAGCCCUUUAGACGGAAAAAACAAAACAACACAUGGAUAAUAUAUUUUUUUGCCCUGUGACGUUGAAACAAACGUUGCGUGCAUGAGCCCGCCUAUGUACCUUUGGCAUGGUUUUCUGCUCGUUGAAUAUCCAUCAGCCUUCCUACUAUGCUCCCGCUGUCCACUAGGUGGCUCACUCACCCACACAGGACUGUAACGAAGGAGCUCGGUGGGAGGAGUUUCUAGAGAGGGUCAGGAAAUGUGUUCCAAUGCGAAAGCAGCAUUGUACUUAACAGCAUCAUUUAGUCACGGGUUGUCCACUGUACAUACUCAAGACAGUAGUCCAGAUGCGAUACAACAUACAGAAUAGGCCUACUUGGCGGUGGCAUUUAGUGGGGAAUAUAAAAUCAAACAAGAAGCUUGUUGUACAAUAUUAAUGGAACAACUACUCACUUUAAAUUGAAACAAAACAAGUAUUGUUUUGUCUGUGUUUUUUUCUUUUCUUCUUCUUUUCUUUUCUUGUUCUAUUCAUGUCAAACUGCUUCAGUUAAACACUGAAUUAAAUUUAGAUGUUUAUUGAUCGAUUAAACUAAGAAAACCGUGUGGCCACAGUUGUGCAUCCCAUAAUCUGUGUUUCCAUGGAAAACUUCUACAGCACAGGAAAGGGUUCUUACUGCGCCUUUUUGAAUGUUCACCAGCUAACCUCUGAGAUGAAUAAGAAAAUAUGAAUAAAGUUAAUACAAAAAAGGACCUUUACUGAUUUUAAAAAGAUGUUCAGGAUUGGCCCACUAUUUAAAAACAUUAGCACUCGUACCAAUUAUUUGUAAUAGUUAUUCCUUAAGAUAAAAACAUUUGAUUUGAUAUUGAAUUGUAACCCUAUCAUUCAAUCGAAAGCCUGAAACAACGAAAGCACUUAUUGAGAUGUCUGUAACAUGCAUAUUUUAAGAUGAAUAUUCUAGCCAUAAACUGCCUGUUUAAAUCAGCAUGUCAUGGCUCCAAUUAUAAAGCAGUUAAUUCAUCUAAUCUCUAACGUUAUUGCAAUGUAUGUUUUUGUCCCAUUUCUUUAAAAAAUAUUAUUCUUUUUCUAUUUUAAAUCGGUGUUUAUGUAAUGUUAUUUUUGUCAGAUGUUUUGCAAAUCAAAAAUAAACAACUACAUAGUAUUCAA